AUGCCACCUGUACACAUUCUGGAUUAUGUGGCUGGCAAUGUCCGAUCACUUUGCAACGCAAUUGAGAAACUAGGCUUCACAAUUUCAUGGAUCAAAGAGCCAAAAGACAUCGACAACGCAGAAUAUCUUAUUCUACCCGGUGUGGGUCAUUUUGGGCAUUGUAUGACACAAUUUGCUUCUAGUGGAUACCUUGAAGCCAUUCGUAAACAUGUAGAUUCUUCUAAACCAUUCAUGGGAAUAUGCGUUGGGCUACAGGCACUGUUUGAAGGAUCUGAGGAGAAUGCAGACGUUGAGGGUUUAGGGUUCCUACCAGGUAGGUUGUCGCGAUUCGAUAGCAGCGACAAGAGCGUGCCGCACAUCGGAUGGAACUCUGCUGCAAUUUCACAAGCUAUUCUCUCUUCUCGAGGAUGCUUGUACGGUCUAAAGAAUGACAGCAAGUAUUACUAUGUUCAUUCUUAUGCUGUGCCGUACGAAGCAGGUGUGCUCGAACAACAGGGUUGGACCGUUGCAACCGCUUCUUAUGGCACGGAGACAUUUGUUGGGGCUAUUGCUCGUGGUAACGUUUUUGCUACCCAAUUUCAUCCAGAAAAGAGCGGAAUCGCCGGUCUGCGUGUCAUAAAGGCCUUCCUGGAAGGCAGGCAAUGGGCAUUACCAAAUAACCCGAUACAAUCGGCGAUGAGCCAGGGUCUGACCAGGAGGGUUAUCGCGUGCCUUGACGUACGCGCUAAUGAUCAGGGUGAUUUAGUCGUAACGAAAGGUGACCAGUAUGAUGUUCGUGAAAGAGGAGAAACUUCCAAAGGCGGCAACGUCAGGAACCUCGGAAAACCGGUGGAGAUGGCGCAGAGGUAUUAUGAACAAGGGGCCGAUGAGAUAACCUUUCUCAACAUUACGUCUUUCCGGAAUUGCCCAUUGGCAGAUCUUCCAAUGCUGGAGGUUCUACGACGUACCUCCGAAAAUGUGUUCGUGCCUCUGACCGUGGGAGGUGGCAUUCGAGACUCCGUAGACGCCAACGGCAAGAUGGUCCCUGCCCUUGAUGUUGCAACACUGUAUUUCAAAUCGGGCGCUGACAAGAUCAGCAUUGGUUCGGAAGCAGUCCUUAUUGCAGAGCAGUAUAUGCGCGAUGGAAAAAAGCCAACGGGCACAACAGCUAUUGAAACAAUCUCAGCGGCUUACGGGAACCAAGCCGUCAUUGUGAGCAUUGACCCCAAAAGGGUUUACGUUCGUUCUCCGCAAGAGACACGGCAUCAUACAAUUAGGACAAAGUAUUCCGGACCAGAGGGUCAAGUUUAUUGCUGGUAUCAAUGCACUAUCAAAGGUGGACGCGAAGGCCGUGAUCUUGAUGUUACCGAGCUAGCAACCUCAGUUGAGGCUCUAGGGGCUGGGGAGAUAUUGCUCAACUGCAUUGAUAAAGACGGUAGCAAUAGUGGCUUUGACCUGGAGCUCAUAGAUGAUUUAAAAAAAAGGGUCAGUAUCCCAAUCAUCGCUUCGAGCGGUGCCGGUAACCCAACCCAUUUUGAGCAAGUAUUCAAAUUCACAUCCACAGAUGCUGCUCUUGGAGCAGGAAUGGUAAGGUCAUUAAAAACGCUGUUACCGACCCGGUGCUAA